AUGUCUCGGUUUGUUAAUAAAUCUCCUUCAAUCUGCACCGAUCGACCUUUAAACAACACCGACGUCUGCACGAAGCUGCGGUUACUGAAGCAGCUCCUCACAUCCUGUUUGGGUCCCACAGGGAGACUUAAACACGUUCAUAACAACAUCGGAGGACACGUGGUUACGACCUCAGCCUCCUCGGUGCUGCUCACAUCCGUCACCUCCUCACAGCCAAUCAUCAACCUGAUAAAAAGCUCCAUCCUCAACCACGUCUCCCGGUUCAGCGACUGCGGCUUGUUUGCAGCUGUUCUUUGUUUAUCUCUAAUAGAAGAAGCAAAGCAGAGCGGUGUGAGGAGACAGGUGAACAAACACCUGCUGAGUCUGUGCACCUCUUACCUCCAACAUGAACACUGUGGUUGCAGAGUGCCUCUGGACUUCUGCAGCAGUCAGGACCUGAUCACAUUAUCUCUCAGUGUUGUCUCCAGUAAACCUGCAUGUGUGCUAACAGAGGCCGAGGCUCUUCACAUCAGCAGGCUGGCUGUGCGGGCGUUUCUGCUGACUGUUCCCUGUGACAGCCCGGGUCCAGUCAGACUCGGCAGAACAGUGAGUGUUGGUGUUGAAGGACAUCCUGUGCUUAACUCUGAGGUGUUUCCAGGUUUACUGGUGGAAGUGCAUGACAUAUUCUGCCUCAAAACUGCAGAACACCUGCGUUCAGACCCCCUGCGGGUUGUGUUGUUCAGCACAUCUCUAGCUGGAGACCUGUGUGAGCUGGGCGAUGGGAUCAUCCAGGUGCACCCAGGUGUGGACACAGACUCUCAGAUCCUGGAUCAGCUCCUGGAGCUCUGUGAACGUGUGAUCGGAGAUGGAGUGAAGCUCUUUGUGUGUCAGAAGGUCGUACACCCGGUCCUGCAGCAGUACCUGAGGAGGCAUGGCGUCAUGGUGAUGGAGAGGGUGGGGAUCUCUCUCAUGGAGCCGCUCGCUCUGCUGACAGGUGCUCUACCUGUGGCCACGCUGCACGCCACAAUCCCCGCCAAGGCUUACGGGACGGUGAAGGAGGUCAGCGUCAAGGAGUUUGGAUCGAAGACGAUGCUGCACUUGGAGCCCGCUGGAGAGUCUGCCAUCUGCACCAUGACCCUCUGCCACAGGAACGAGACCAUGCUGAGCGAGCUGAAGGUGGUGUGCCAGCAGACGGAGCACGUCUUGAGACUCACCUUGAAGGAGCCUUCGGCCUUACUGGGAGGAGGCUGCACAGAGACUCACCUAGCUGCUUACAUCAGACAUCAGAGCGUGGAGGAAGUGGCAGAGAGCGCCUCGGCUCUGGGAUGCUCGCAGACAGAGUACCUCCUCGGGGUUGAAGGAUUCUGCCGCUCUCUGGAGGCGGUGGCUGCGGCGCUGCAUCACGACGGGGGAGACUCUUUCAUGGACCUGACUCACGCUCACCACUGGACCCGCCCCGCGGACGCCAUGACGGAAAACAUGGAGGACAACUCGGCCCUCUGCUGCGGCUGUGGACUGGUGCAAAGUGGUCCAACGGUGGACAUGAAGUGGACUCAUCUGAACACUGAACACCCAGAGUUCUCUCCUGCAGCGCUGCUGAAAGACAGAGCCGUGCAGCCUCGUGUGCUCGACUCCUUCACCGCUAAACUCAACGCUCUGCAGGUCGCUGUAGAAACUGCUAAUCUGGUGCUGGAUGUUCGAUUUGUAAUUCAAGAUACGAACUAGCAGGAUGGAGUGGCACAACCUGUCUCACUUCUAAGCAAAGAAACAGUCUGUGUCGUUUGGCAAGAAACAAACUUUUUCCCGAUGCCUUUUGUAAAUCGAGUUAAUCCACCUUUAAAGGAUUUAUUCAUCAAUCUGUCGUCAUUUCAUUUGAAAAGCAGAAAUCAUGUUUCCUUGUUUUUUGUCAGGACUUAUGAUGCAUGCUAACCAGCUGUGCAGCAGGUUGACAUACAUGCACAGAUGGCCUAGUGGUUAGUGCCACCUUAUGUACAGAGGCUAUAGUCCUUCAAGUGGGUGGACCAGGUUUGAAUCCGACCUGUGGCUCCUUUCCUCCAUGUCUCUCUCUCUCUCUCUCUGAUUUUUAACCCUAUCCUCGGUCCUAUCUCUAAACUAAAGGCAGAAAACGCCCCAAAAUAAACCUUUUCCCAUCUUUGAUGUGCAC